AUGGCGGCCUCGAAGGUCGACGGGCCGGCGAUCGGCAUCGACCUGGGGACGACCUACUCCUGCGUGGCCGUCUGGCGGCACGACCGCGGCGAGGUCAUCGCCAACGACCAGGGCAACCGCCUCACGCCGUCGUGCGUGGCGUUCACCAUCUCCGAGAGGCUCGUUGGCGAGGCGGCGGUGAACCAGGCCGCCUUGAACCCCACCAACACCAUCUUCGGUGAGAACUAUACACACCAGCUGUUUCAUCAGUCGCUUAUAUAA